UAUUAUGUAACAUUGGAAUCAAAACCUACAAACAUAAUUGGUUAAAAACCUAAUUUAAUAUUUAGUAUUUAGUACCUAAUAAUAUUAUAUUAUUUCAACUGCACCAAAAAUCAGAAUUGUUCUUUGUUCAUAAAUCUCAUCUACCUGUUUACCAAAAAUGUUGACAACACCAAAAGAUGAAUAUGAACCAGAAAGAAAUAGAUUGACUAACGAGGCAGUUUUAAUCAAGCCAAAUUUGAAAGGUGAUUGGUUAAACUUUUUUAUGUUACUAUUACUUUACACUAUGCAAGGCUUGCCUUUGGGUUUAUCUUCAGCUAUACCAAUACUUCUACAAAGCAAGAAAGAAAUAUCAUACCAAGACCAGGCUUUAUUUAGUUUAGUAAUAUGGCCAUUUAGUUUGAAACUCUUAUGGGCUCCAUUAUUGGAUUCACUAUAUGUAAAAAAAAUUGGAAAGAGAAAAUCUUGGCUCAUACCUGUUCAAUAUUUAAUUGGAAUAAUAUUACUUUAUAUGGGUAACAGCAUUGAUGUCUUGUUACCUGAAAAAGGAAAACCAAAAGUUAUGAUACUGGUGUAUAUUUUUUUUGCAACAAACUUCUUAUCCGCCACUCAGGAUAUAGCUGUUGAUGGUUGGGCUUUAACAAUGCUAAAAAAGAAUAAUGUAGGUUAUGCAUCUACCUGUAAUACAUCUGGUCAAAUAAUAGGUGUGAUGAUUGGUUCUGUAUUUUCCAUUCUGUUUACGUCCGAAGACUUCAGCAAUAAAUACUUACGAGUUACAAUUGGUAUAGGAGGAAUUAUUUCUUUAAAAUAUUUGUUAUACAUUUGGGGUAUUCUAUUUAUGGUGAUAACAACAAUGAUUGCUAUAUUCAAAACAGAAAAAGAUAGUACACAAGAGGAUGGUUAUGUAAAACUCAACAUCUCUAAGACCUAUUCGUUAUUAUGGGAUAUUAUAAAGCUUCCUAGUAUACGGAUAUUGGCAACAGCUUUAUUGACAGCAAGGAUUGGAUUUGCUGCAACAGAUAGUAUAUCAGUUUUAAAACUUAUUGAUGCUGGUAUACCUAAAAAUGACAUUAUGGUUAUUAACACAGCAAUGUAUGGGGUAAAAAUGAUAAUACCAUUAAUUAUAGCAAAGUACACUUCAGGACCAAAACCAUUAAGCUUAUAUCUAAAAGUGACACCUAUUAGAUUACUCUGGAAUAUUGUAUUUAUUGUAUUAAUAUACUAUACACCAGAAAUAAUAAAUAUUAAUGAGGUGGUGAAUAUUCCAAUAUAUUACUAUGCAAUAUUCAUUUUUAUAUUAUCGAUACAAGAAGUCCUUUCAUACAUGAUGUUUGUAGCUAUAUUAGCAUUUUUUUCUCGGAUUAGUGAUCCUCGUUAUGGUGGUACUUACAUGACAUUAUUGAAUACACUUUCAAAUUUAGGAUUUGUAUGGUCAUCUACUGUAGCACUUCAAUUGAUUGAUUUGCUAACAACAAAAGAAUGCUCAUUUGAUUCCAUGAAUAAUUGUUCUACAUUAGAUCUUCAAAAUAUUUGUAAAGUUAAUGACGGCAAUUGUAUUGUUACAAUUAAUGGAUAUUACGUUGAAAUGAUUCCAUGCACAAUUAUUGGAAUUGCUUGGUACAUUUAUUUCAGAAAUAUCUUGAAAAAUCUUCAAAUAAGAAGUCCUUCUCAUUGGUUAGUAAAUGUCAAAAAACCAGUAACAGAAAAUGUUGAAGAGUCAUACCCUUUGGCCGUUACAGUGUAAUAUUAUUGUGUGUUUAAUUAACCAUUUAAUUAAAUAGCCUAACAUAACUAUUGCAUGUAAACAAUAUAUUAUACAAGUAUCAUGUACUGGUACUGGAAAUAUUGAUAUGAACCAGAUAAUUUGAUAUUUAUAUUUUAAUAAAAUAGAACCAAUUGAAAAUUAGUGUAUACAUAGCAAUAAUAAUAAUAAAGGUACUUUUGUUGUUA